GAGUAAAUAAUGAAUAGUCUAAAAACACCCCUUUGAAAGGAAAGGGAGUGAGUAGUUUUAUUUCACCGUUCGUUAUCCUAGUCCAGUUAUCAUCUUUCUUCCAUUGUUGAACAUCAACUAAACAUCAUCCGUUUGCGAUUACUCAAUUUGUCUCAUUGAAUAAAAAAGAACAAGGGUUGGAUGAAAUACCAGUUCAGAAACUAGAAUUGUUGAAAAGAUAACAACAAAAUGGCAAGCUACAGCUUUAGAGCAAUUGUUUCAUUAAGAGUAGGAACAACAAUGUUAGGUUGUUGUACAAGAAGCAUUGCUAACUUUCCAAUUGUGUUCAUCCAAAAGAGAAACAAACGAAGUUACUCUAUUAAAUCUUCUUCAUUAGACCCUCCUGAUGUGAGUCGUUUAGCUGAAUCUGCUCGUAUAUCUCUCACUCCCGAGGAGGUUCAAGAAUUUGGUCCCAAAAUCCAUCAAGUCAUUGAGUGCUUCCAUUGCUAUCUUGGUUAUUUUUCAGGUUCGGACAACUUCAAGAUGUUGAUCUUGAAAGUAUUGAGCCAGCCAUUCGUUCAGACAUCGAUGGUGAUAAUUUACGAGAAGAUGUACCUCAAACAUUUGAGAAUAGGGAAGCUAUCAUAGCUGCAAUCCCAAGCUACGAGGAACCAUAUAUUAAGGUCCCAAAGGUUUUGAACAAAGAAUAACAACGUUCAACUCUUGCUUGUAGAAUUCUAAGUAGCAGCCCUUAGAUUCGUAGAAAACAUUCUCUUGGCAUACCACAAACGAUGCGCUAUGUUUCGUUGGAACAAAAUGGUUACGAUCUGUUUGCUUUUCGAUUGGUUUGUAUAACUCGAGUUCAUUAUAUUCAUCGAGAUGGAGCCAAUUGUGUUGCUAGA